AUGCAUUUGUAUUUUAUUAUUCGCGUAACAAUUUUUGUAUCUUUCAUUUUAUCUGCAAAAUCUUGGCAUUUUAGAAAUAAACAAAUAUCUCCUGUUAUCUUUAUUCCAGGUGAUGGUGGUAGUCAAAUUGAAGCAAAACUUAACAAAACAACGGUGGUACAUUAUUUAUGUGAAAAGGUUACUACUGAUUAUUUUAAUAUCUGGUUAAACUUGGAAUUACUUGUACCAGUUGUCAUAGACUGUUGGAUUGAUAAUAUGAAAUUAAUUUAUGAUAAUGUUACAAGAACUACAAGAAAUCAGGAUGGUGUUGAUAUACGCGUACCAGGGUGGGGUGAUCCAUCUGUUGUUGAAUAUUUAGAUCCAAGUAAAGCUUCCUCUGGAGAUUAUUUUAAAGAUAUUGGUAAUAUGCUAGUUAAUGAGCUUGAAUACAUUAGGAAUCGUUCUAUACGUGGUGCACCGUAUGAUUUUAGAAAAGCUCCUAAUGAAAAUAGCGAUUUUUUUAAUAAAUUAAAAGAUUUAAUUCAAGAAACAUAUUAUAUGAAUAAGCAAGUUCCUGUAACAUUAUUAGCACACAGUAUGGGUGGACCAAUGUCACUUAUAUUCUUACAACAUCAAUCUCAGAAGUGGAAAGACAAAUACAUCAAUUGUUUGAUUACUCUUUCAGCUGUUUGGGGAGGCAGUGUGAAAGCGCUUAAAGUAUUUGCAAUUGGAGAUGACUUAGGUGCAUAUCUUUUACGCCAAAGUAUACUCAAAGAUGAACAAAUAACGAGUCCUAGUUUAGGGUGGUUACUACCAUCAAGAUUAUUUUGGAAAGACACAGAAGUAUUGGUACAGUCAGAACAAAAAAACUAUACAUUGCGCACAUUACAAGAUUAUCUAUUAGAUAUAAAUGUUCCAAAUGGUUGGGAAUUUAGGAAAGAUAAUGAAAAGUAUCAAUUAGAUUUUACUCCCCCUGGAGUUGAAGUACAUUGUUUAUAUGGAAAUGGCAUAGAUACAGUACAAAGAUUAUAUUAUAAGCCUGGUACAUCAAUAGAAGGUACUCCUCAAUUAAUUCCUGGCGAUGGCGAUGGUACUGUAAAUUUAAGAAGUUUAGAAGGUUGUAAAUAUUGGCAGGGUAAGCAAGAACAAAAAGUUUAUUCUCAAGCUUUUCCUGGUAUAAAUCACAUGGAUAUUCUUAGAAAUGUUAAUGUUUUAAAUUAUAUUAAAACCCUUUUAAAACUGUGA